UUGAUAUUUUAGUUAAGUUUUAUGGCUAAUUAUCCUACUGAAUUGUACUUAUACUUAAUUUAUAACUGAAAGUAGGUAGUCAUAUACUAUAUGUUUAAUAUGUGGAUGCUGGUCGCAUCUAAUGUUUAAAAUGUUUAUUUAGCUCUAUGAAAUGUGUCUUAUGUUUUUACGUACUGAUCCAUAACUACAUUCAUAGCAAUCUUGUGAACUUGCUUACAUAGCAACUUAUUAAGUUUUUAGUAAGAGUUAUAUUAAUUUCAAUUACACAAACCUUAAAAGAUUACAGUCCACUCUAAAUAUUAAUCUGUGUAAUACAAGUAUACAAGGUGCUAAUGUAAAAUGUAGUAUAUAUUAAAUUUUAAUAAGGUAUUGAUUUUGUGCCUAGUUAUGUUAUUUUCUGUUGGCGGAAUAUGUUGCAGAAUGGAGUUUGUAUAGCAACAUUAAAAACUUUACUGGUUUCCAUGGUAACAUGAAACAAUGUCAACAUUUUUCUUCUUAGACAAUAUAAUAUUCGUAAUGAACGUACUUUUGCAUUUUUUAUUCAUAAAUUUACUUAUUUGGACCCUACGGCCAUAGUUCAGCCUUUAACAUGGUCCUUUUGAGUCGCGAACCGUAAGUAAAUAAAAUCAAGUGCGUCGAAGCGGAUUCUAAGAAGCACGAAAAAUUUUUCUUUCGUCUCGUCUGGCGUAGCCGAUUUUGUAGGUGCCGCCAUUGUGCUGUACCAUUGCAGCAUUCGACGAGCCGGGAGCAACGCGUUCCAUAAACGCAUCACCACUCACUGCGCAGCGAGCCCGCGCGUGGAAAAUGGAAUAACAAGUAACGUUUUUGGUUUUUAAAUUUGUUUGUGAAUUGUUCCUUUCCCGAUAUUAUUGAGUGAUUUUGGUGACAAAUAUCUUAAAAAUCUGGUUUUUGCCAUUGCCGUCACGUCAAUUUGUGAUUGUGCACGAAAAGUUGUUAUAUAUGCAUAGUGUGGUCUUUAUAACAAUAUGGAAAAAACCGAAGAACAAAUAAAGCGUGAGCUUAUAGCACGUCGAGGCUCAAGAAAAGCGACGUUAACUCGUAUCAGAAAUAAAAUGGAUGCCUCCUAUAUUAAUGAUAAGCAAAUGUUACAAUUGAUGGUCGAGAGGGCCCAGGUGGCAUUUAAUGAAUACGAAGAUCUCAGCCUGCAGAUAGGGGAUGAGGAAGAUCCCGUACCGAUAGAAACUACAUACUAUGAAUGCGUCGCCGCGAUGCGCCAACGUAUUUCAGAUUUGUCUGGACCUGGACCCGCCUCUGGCGCUGGCGCUUUGCCGGCAGCGUCGCCUCAAGUUGCGUCAAAAGUUAAGUUACCCAAUAUACAAAUACCUACAUUUGCUGGUAAAUAUACAGAUUAUAGACCUUUUAUUGAAAUGUUUACUGCACUUGUGCACAAUAAUGAAGGGUUUGAUUGUAUACAAAAGUUUUUCUACCUGAGAAGCUUCUUAAAAUCUGAAGCAUUUGAUUUAGUCAAAAACUUACCUGUCAUCGGUCAAAGUUAUUCGGAAGCUCUAAAAAUUUUAGCUGACAGGUACGAUAAUAAAUACAAAAUCAUCAAUGAGCACAUUAAUGCUUUGUUUGAGUUGCCAGUGCUAACUAAGUCAAGUCCUAGUGCUUUACGCUCAUUGAUUUCAAUUACAAAACAGCAUUUAGCUGCAUUAAAAAACCUUGACGAGGCCAUUGAAAAAUGGGACAGCAUUCUCAUUUGCCUAUUAAAUAAAAAACUUGACCCGUUGACUAACCGAGAGUAUUUUUUGCAUAGGGAUUCCACAAAACAGCCAACCUUUAACGAUUUUUUGAAAUUUGUAGAAGGUCGGGCCCUUGCCCUAGAGAACAGUGAGGGACGGGGUGACACAGCAAGCUGUGCUGCUAGCAAAGUAGCUCCAGUGAAGGUGACAUCAUCAUCGUUUGUCACUACCAAAGCAUCCCAAGGCUGUCUGUACUGCGUGCCUGUUGUCGCAGCCUGAGGAGCUGCGCGAUCCUGAUGCCGCACCCAGCUUGGUUCACACACAGUUUGGUUACGUAGUAGGAGGUGAUGUCCCAUCUUCUAUUCUUAAACGACCUGCUGUUACGCUUUUCUGUCAAGAAUGUCAAACCGAUAUACGCGAUACUAUGUCCAAUUUUUGGCAAACAGAAAAGGUACCCGAAAUAUAUGCGGAACAUACAUCUGAGCAACAACAGUGCGAAAAAUUGUUUACUGAAACUGUCAUACUUGAAGACAAUCAAUUUACAGUUUCAUUGCCAUUAAAGAUACCUAUCUAUGAUGUGAA